CAGUGCUCUGCCCAACACAGGUUUGUAAUUGAAACAUUUUUUUUUUCAGGUAUUUAGAGUUCAAAUACAAAGACCUUUGUUAGAGAACGCACUUUACUCUUUGCGUAGUUUCAUGGCACUUUGGUUGAGUACACACUUUACUAUUUGCAUAGUUUCGUGUUACUUUGGUAGAGUACCCACUUUACUAUUUGCAUAGUUUUGUGUUACUUUGGUAGAGUACCCACUUUACUAUUUGCAUAGUUUCAUGGCACUUUGGUAGAGUACCCACUUUACUAUUUGCAUAGUUUCGUGGUACUCUGAUAGAGUACACACUUUACUCUUUGCAUAGUUUCAUGGCACUUUGAUAGAGUACACACUUUACUAUUUGCAAAGUUUCUUGGUACGUUGGUAAAGUACAACCUUUAGUAUUUGCAAAGCUUCAUGGUACUUUGGUGGAUUAUACACUUUACUAUUUGCAUAGUUUCAUGAUAGUUUGGUAGAGUACAUACUUUACUAUUUACAUAGUUUCAUGGUACUUUGGUAGAGUACACACUUUACUGUUGGCAUAGUUUCCAUGACUUGCUUUGUUGUUCCACAGAUGAUACCCUUUUUUUUUCGUAUUUCAAGGGCCCAUGUUUCACUAUAAUUGUUUUUAAUUGAUUCGAUCAUGAACUAUUUUCCAUAGUUCAGUUGAUGAUUAAGUAUUAAAAUACUUAAGGAUUUUCCUCUGACUUUUCAGGUUUAUAUUCAAGAAGCCAGUAGCAAACACACAGUGGUUCGGAGCCUUUUUGAUUGUUGUUGCGAUAGCCCUCAGUCAAUUGCCAAGCCUCAUGGAUAGCAGUCUUACUGCCCCUGUAACUGCCUUACUACUAAGUAUGUUGAACAGUUUAUUAGCAGCAGGAGUAUCCAUCUAUACAGAGGUGUUAUUCAAGAAUGAUAAAAGGCCUUUCUUAGAACAACAAAUACAGUUGUAUUUCUUCAGUACUUUAACAAGUGCACUACUCUUAAUUUACUGCACAAGACUUGGAGAUGUUGCAACACAAUGGAAAGAUAUGACCCCAAGAUCUUUAGUUCUUUUGGUGUUCACCAUUGUUAUCACAACAGGCCAAGGGGUGGCACUAGCUUCUAUAAUGCAGCACUUGGAUAGCAUUGUGAAAUACUACACUGCAAAUAUAGCUAAUAUACUAACAGCUAUUUUCUCAGCCUGGUGUUUUCCCGAUAAAUUCUCCUUGAACUGGUCAUUUGGUCUGAGUCUUGCAGUUUUAGUGAUAGCUAUCUUUCUGUAUGAAAAGAAUCACUUGAAUGUACAGAUUUCCAAACCUCAUAUUUAAAUUAAUA